GGCUUCCCGCCUCUCGCCUUCUGUUCUCAAUCUGGUCCGGUGCUCUGUUAUAUUAGGGGGUAAAGCCGCUCUACUCUCACCGAAGGUUGUGUCUCCAGCUUGAUUGUCGGUAUGUCGGGGAGAGGAAAGGGCGGCAAAGGCUUGGGCAAGGGGGGUGCCAAGCGCCACCGCAAAGUUUUGAGAGACAACAUCCAAGGGAUCACGAAGCCGGCAAUUCGGCGCCUUGCCCGGCGUGGAGGAGUCAAGCGGAUCUCCGGUCUCAUCUACGAGGAGACCCGGGGCGUGCUGAAGGUUUUCCUGGAAAACGUCAUUCGGGAUGCAGUCACCUACACUGAGCACGCCAAGCGCAAGACGGUCACGGCUAUGGACGUAGUGUAUGCCCUGAAGCGACAGGGACGCACCCUCUAUGGUUUCGGAGGCUAAGAUGCCGCUUCAUUUCUGCAUCCUUCCUGCCAACGGCCCUUUUUAGGGCCAACCAUCGGGUCUUCGGAAGAGCUGGACGCUCGGGUUGAACUUUGGUAACUUUGUUUUUGGGAGUUGGGCUAGAGUCAGGUUUUGGGAAGUUCGCGAGAGGUAGGCAUUCCUGAAGUGUUAACAGCCCUGAAAACCCAAAUCGUGGGGCGCCUGGGUGGCUCAGUCGGUUGGGCGGCCGACUUCGGCUCACAUCGUGAUCUCGCGGUCUGUGAGUUCAAGCCCCGCAUAGAGCUCUGUGCUGACAGCUCGGAGCCUGGAGCCUGUUUCAGAUUCUGUGUCUCCUUCUCUCUCUGCCCCUCCCCCGUUCAUGCUCUGUCUCAAAAAUGAAUAAACGUUAGAAAAUAAAAAACCCAAGUCGUUCACUAAAAACUGCCUUUCAUGUGCUUGCUCCAUUUUUUGAUUCAUUUUAAAAGGUCUUGUACUCCAGAUCUAAGCAAUGUUUUCUGUUUGCUUUUGGGUGCGCUGUAUUGUGAUCGGUGGGCUGGGCUGCGGAA